AUGAUGUUCGGUGUGUGUGUGUGUGUCAGUACGGACGAGGCGGCCACAGAGAACAUCCUGAAGGCGGAGUUGUGUGUGGCGUCUCUGUGUGGCCGUCUGGGUUUGGUGACGCCGCGGGACGCUUUCAUCACUGCGAUCUGUAAAGCCUCUCUCCCUCCUCACUACGCUCUCACCAUCCUGAGCAGCAACACCACCAACCUCGCCAAUAAAGUGUACUCCAUCCAGGGUCAGAGUGUGCAGAUGGUCAGUCCGUCGAGUGAGUCGCACCAGCAGGUUGUAGCGGUCGGUCAGCCGCUCACCGCUCAGCCGCAGGGCACCGUUGUGCUCACAGCGAAGAACAUCCAGUGCAUGCGGACGCUGCUGAAUCUGGCGCACUGUCACGGUGUUUAUCUGGGAACCUCAUGGCAGCUGGUUUUAGCAACACUACAGCAUCUGGUGUGGAUUCUGGGCCUGAAACCGGCCGUUGGAGGAGUCCUGAAACCCGGUCGGGCCGUGGAGGGUCCCAGCACGGUUUUGACCACGGCGGUGAUGACCGAUCUACCCGUCAUAUCAAACAUCCUUUCCAGACUCUUUGAAAGCUCACAAUACCUGGACGACGUCUCUCUGCAUCACCUGAUAAACGCCCUGUGCUCUUUAUCCAUGGAGGCCAUGGAAAUGGCUUACGGAAACAACAAGGAGCCGUCUCUGUUUGCGGUGGCCAAACUGUUAGAGACCGGACUGGUGAACAUGGACCGGAUCGAGAUUCUCUGGAGGCCUCUGACGGCUCAUCUACUGGAGGUGUGUCAGCAUCCUAACACUCGUAUGAGGGAAUGGGGUGCAGAGGCCAUUACCUCGCUGAUCAAAGCUGGACUGUCCUACAAACAUGAGCCACCGCUGUCCCAAAACCAGCGUUUGCAGCUGCUGCUCCUGAACCCGUUGAAGGAGCUCUCCAACGUCCUUCACGCCGAUAUCCGACAGAAGCAGCUGGAGUGUGUCCUGCAGAUCCUACAGAACCAGGGAGACAGUCUCGGACCGGGAUGGCCUCUGGUACUGGGGGUCAUCGGAGCGAUCCGAAACGACCAGGGUGAAUCCCUCAUACGAACAGCGUUCCAGUGCCUGCAGUUGGUGGUGACCGACUUCCUACCCACAAUGCCUUGCAUGUGCCUCCAAAUUGUGGUGGAUGUAGCCGGCAGCUUUGGGCUCCAGAACCAGGAGCUGAACAUCAGCCUGACGUCUAUCGGCCUUCUGUGGAAUAUCUCAGAUUACUUCUUCCAGAGGGGAGAAGCCAUUACAGAGGAGCUGGAAAAGGAGGAAGCGGUUCUCCUGAAACAGGCCCAAGAUAAAGGAGAACCUCUGAACCGACCCUUCCACCCGGCACCGCCCUUCGACUGCCUGUGGUUGUGCCUGUAUGCCAAACUGGGCGAGUUGUGCGUAGACCCACGCCCGGCUGUGAGGAAAAGCGCAGGGCAAACCAUGUUCUCCACCAUUGCUGCUCACGGGACGCUGCUGCAACCACCGACCUGGAACAUUGUGGUUUGGAAGGUUCUCUUUCAUCUGCUGAACUGUGUAAGGAAGUCCUCCACCACGGCCGACAAAGAGAAGAUCGAAUCUGGAGGUGGAAAUAUCCUCAUCCACCACUCGCGCGACACGGCAGAGAAGCAGUGGGCGGAAACGUGGGUUCUGACGCUCGCGGGCGUAGCUCGGAUCUUCAACACCAGGAGAUAUCUGCUCCAGCAGCUGGGUGACUUUUUCAAAGCUUGGGAAGUUCUUCUGGACCACAUCCAGUCCGCUGCCCUCAGCAAGAACAAUGAAGUUUCCCUCGCCGCCCUCAAGAGCUUCCAGGAGAUCCUCCAGCUCGUCACGCCCAUUAAAGACACGGAUAAACCCGAUGCUCUCGCAGCUAUGGACGUUCCUUCUGUCCUUAUGGAGUCUCUCCAAGGUUCUGGUCCAGGAAGACCCCUAAUCCGAUCCGAUUCGCUUGCAGAACGACUAGCCCAGCGCUACGGCGUCCAACCUUCGCUUCCGCCACCUGGAGAAGAGAUCGACGACUCGGCUCUGUGGUGGUCGGCGUGGAACACUUGGUACCGGGUGGGAACCGAGUGCACGCGACCCCCUAGUGGUGGACCAGAUAAACUAGUGUUCGUACCCAGCCAGCCUUUCCUGACGGCGCUAAUACAGAUUUUCCCAGCAUUGUACCAGCACAUCGCAGGAGGGUUCAGCAUGGAGGAUCUCAAGAAGCUGGGGGUGAUCCUGUAUGGAGCCGUGUCGGUCCCCAUAAGUUCAGACUCUUCGCCGUUCAUCUUGCCCUCCUACACCGAGGCUGUGCUCACAAGCCUUCAAGAAGCAGUCCUGACCGCCCUCGAUGUCCUGCAGAAGGCAAUUUGUGUGGGUUCGGAGAAUCUCCAGGUGAUGUAUCCGGCCAUCUUUGAGCAGCUCCUGUUGUUCGUAGAGUUCUCCUGUAAACCUCCUCAGUACGGAAAGAUGGAGACCAAACACGUGGCCAAUGCCAAAUACAACCAGAUCCAACUGUUUGCACCGGCGGAGUGGGUGGCCUUAAACUACGUGCCGUUUGCAGAGCGAUCUCUGGAGGUGCUGGUCGAUCUGUAUCAUAAAACGGCCUGUCACAAAGCCGUUAUCACUGAGAAAGUCCUGCAAAACAUCAUUAAGACUGUGAGGAUUCCUCUGGGACUGAAGUACGCCUGUCCCGCGGAGAGCACCUGGAAACUGGCCGUCUCUUCUCUGCUCAAAGUGCUUUCCAUUGGACUCCCUGUUGCCCGGCAACAAGCAUCCUCAGGCAAAUUCGACACGAUGUGGCCGGAGCUGGCGAACGCAUUUGAGGACUUCCUGUUUACCAAAAGCACACCUCCAGAUAAUCUCUCCAUACAGGAGUUCCAGAGGAACGAAGCUGUAGAUGUGGAGGUGGUGCAGUUGAUCAGCACAGAGAUUUUACCGUUUGCCAAUUUCAUACCCAAAGAGUUCGUAGGUCGCAUCAUGAGCAUGCUUAACAGAGGGUCGAUUCACUCCCAGUCUUCAUCGUUCACAGAGGCUGAAAUGGACAUCCGUAUGCGAGAGGAGUUCUCUAAAGUGUGUUUCGAGACGCUCCUGCAGUUCUCCUUCAGUAAUAAGGUGUCGACGCCGCAGGAGGGCUACAUCUCCCGUAUGGCUCUGUCAGUGCUUCUGCAACGGGCGCAAGACGUGCUCCGACGCUUCGUGGAGGACGAGAGGCUCAGUGGACGCUGCCCGCUGCCCAGGCAACAAGUGACUGAGAUCAUCUUUGUGUUAAAAGCCAUCAGCACACUCAUGGAUUCCUUGAAAAAGACUCAACCAGAAAACGUGGAUGGGAACGUGUGGGCUCAGGUGAUUGCGCUGUACCCGACGCUGGUGGAGUGCAUCACGUGCUCGUCUCCUGAAGUGAGCUCCGCCCUCAGAGACGCCCUCGGGCCCUUCAAAGACUUCAUGCAGCCGCCCGUCUCCAAAGUGCAGAACGGCGAAUCGUGACUGAACGUUUUUAUUCCACCGCAAACAUGAAUGUGACUGUUUCAUACACCACGCGCGAGGACUCCAUCGUCAUGGCAACUGUUGAUUGACAGCUCCAAAUCCCAUCAUUCUAAGCUUCUUCUAAUACGAGCUGACGGUAGACUCUGAUUGGCCGACUUUAACGAUGUAUUAACUGCUACGGAAAAUUUGCAGUGUUUGUUGUUUUUAUGGGUUUUCUGGUCCCCCCCCCACCCCUCCUUAAUGUACAGUGUUUGGUGAUAGUGUUAAAGAUGUAAUUAAGAAUAACGUAUUUGGAUUAAAAAAAUCAAAUCCAAAAAAAAAAAAUUUAAAAAGAGAGAGCGGAAACAUCGUAAUAAAUACAUGAAGGAUGGUCUUUUUUUUGUGUGACAUUUUCUCAACAGCAAUGAAUUUUAUGCAAGAUGUUACUGUAACAUUCCAUGUCAUCUUUAGCCGCAUUGAGAAGGGUUGAACCCGGUGUGUGUACAAUAAUAAAUGGUACAGUUCUAUGAACAUCAAA